AUGCUAAUUAUCGUGUUUAUAGUCAACUAUGCAUCCGUCAUAGACUUACUCAGCGACACAAACAUAUACACUGAUCAAUUCUCCAACCUCACGCUUGCGUUCUAUAUGAUAUAUCUAUUCUUCGAGCUUCCGACUGGAUUCCUUAUACAGCGCUUACCGACUGCUAAGUACUUAGGGUUCAAUAGUCUAAUGGUCCUUCGCGUAAUGCUUAGAUGUUUUGAAAGUACGAUUGCACCUACGUACGUAUACUCUCUAAGAACUCUUCUUAGACCUCCUCUUAUAUCAUUUCAGAUUGAUCCUAAUCACAUCGAUGUGCAAAUAAUAUUCCUCGUCUUCGGACUAAUAACUAUUACCGUCGGAAUUAGCAUCUUCUUCUUCCUCCCCGAUAACCCUAUAACCUCCCGUCUAACCUACGCCGAGAAAAUCCUCGCAAUCGAACGUCUCCGCGAGAACCAAAUAGGAAUCGAAAACAAGCAUUUCAAGCGUAACCAAUUCGUCGAAACCUAUCUCAUCGUCAUCAUCGUCACAGCCAUAAACGUCCCCAAUACAGCCAUAAGCAGCUUUACCUCGCUUAUAAUCAAGAACUUUAGCUUUACCACUAAGGAAACAGAGUUACUAAAUAUCCCCAAUAGAGCAGUCAGCAUAGUCAGCAUCCUUACUAUAUCGUACUUCGCAGGCCGGUACAAUCAGCGCUGUCUAUACGUAGUGAUAUCACUAGUGUAUAGUCUUUUAGGCGGGUAUUUACUUACAUUCUCGCCUAAGGAUAUAAAAGGCGCCCAACUUAUAGGAAACUAUCUAACGCAGGUUACUAGGUCUGCCCUUCUAAUUAUAUACUCACUUGCUAGUGCCAAUAUCGCCGGUCAUACGAAGAAGGUUUCUAUAAACGCUAUCCUGCUUAUAUCGUUUUGUCUAGGAAAUAUCCUUAGUCCACUUACUUUCCGCACUAAGGAUAAGCCGGAUUAUAUUCCUACUAAGAUUGCUAUUGUUGUUACUAUCUCGGUAGCAAUUAUAUUUACGAUUAGACUAAGGAUCUACUGUAUUUUAGAGAAUAGGAGGAAGGACAAGAAUCGGGAAGGCGAGAUCCAUCAGGAGAACUUCGAGUUUUUGGAUAUAACGGAUCGGGAAAAUUGCGAGUUCAGGGGUUCUCUUAAGGUCAUCUACUUGGAUUAG